GGAUUAUUAAUGUAGCAGUCAUGUGGUUGCGAUAACGGUCUUAUAGUUAGAGGUAGUAUUGUGAUGGAAAUGUUAUGAUGAAGAUUGGAUAUUGUGAAAUUAGUGUUGAUAUCAACUUUAUCAAACUGUAUGAUACAUGACUGCUUUGCUAUUGAUAUUGAAAAUUGCGGUGAUGUAGGUGUGUUCAUCAGUUACUUUUCAUCGUGCAUAUUUUUAUGUAUACAUAACAUGUCAUCUUUGUUGAUCAUUACUAUUAUUAUUACCCUAUUAGUACCAUUAGCACCGUCGUUAUAUAUGUACAUCAUACAUUACUUUAGUCAUGUAUAAGUUCGUGAUCUUAAUUGAUAUACAUUCUAUACUUUCAACAUAUCUAGUCGCAUAGUAAGUGAAUAGCCAGAAAAUGUUGAUAACCUUUGACAUUACCCUUCAUGAAUCUAAAUCAUCCUCACAUUGUCAUAAUUAGAAUUUGAUAUUAUGAUGGAUAAUGGAUAUUAUUAUGGAAUAACUAUGAUAUGUGUAUUAGUAUUGUGGCUGUGAAUGUAUGAUUAUUAACUACAGUCUCUUGCUAAAAUAUGGCAUAUAUAAUUGGAUUAUAUACUUGAAACAUGUAUUAUGUUAUGAGUUAUUAAUUCGAGUUGUUAAUCUAUUAAUCAAGUCAUGAUGUAUGAUCUAGAAUGUUAUAAAAUAAUUUGAUCAUAUAUGAUUAGUGAAAAGAGCAUUUCAUGUUAAGUAAAAGGUUAGGAUUAUGUUAGGAUAAGUAAAGUUAGUGGUGACUCGAUUUGGGAGUUGAUAACCAACCAGUUUUGUAAGAUUCAUGUAUCCUUAGGUAUAGGGUCUAAUUGUAAUACGAGUUAAGUGUCGAGCAACUUCGUGCACCUUACUUUUAGGACCUUGUUGUUUUGAUAUUUUACCCCCAUUCAUGGUUCAAAUUAUAAUAGUUAAACCUUCCGUACAUUUCAAGAUUAUCAAAAAGUACGACCUUAGGUGGUCACGUAGAAGUGGAAAGGUUGUUUGAAGAAUAACAUUAGAUAAAAGGACAUUUCGUGUUGUUAAGAGCUCAAGUGAUACACUUUAAAAGGCACAUGUGCUAGAUCCAUUACUCUUGUAAACAUUGAGGAGAGUUGUCUUACUAGAACAUAUUGAGACCUAGAUACUAAGGUGUGUAGUACUGAGAUCAAAGAUAUUAAAUAAUUGGAGUUCCAUGGUAUAACCACACUAUCCUUGCAUAUGUUUCGAGGUUAGUGAGUUACGGGGUCGUAACUAAGUUUUAAGGGGGGUAGAAUGCGAUAGAAUUUCGCGCGUUUACACGCAUUUUCACCUGCACUUUCAUGCAUUUUCGCGUCUAUGAUAACAACCUAUUACAAACUUACAUUCUUUUGAUUGAUCGUUUUAACCAAUUUGUGUAAUAUUUACAUGCUUUUGAUUAGAUGUUGAGCUAUUUACAUGCUUUUAACUGAUUGUUUGAAUCAAUUGGUGUGAUAUUUACAUGCUUUUGAUUAGAUGUUGAGCCAAUUUAGGUGAUUAUAAAUACUCGAAAUGAGAUAUGUAUGAAUAUUCUGAUAGAUUGAGUAUCCUUUUGUUAAAAGUGUCAAUAAGGUCACAAUCCUUGAGUCAAUUUUGGAGCUCAGAAUAGUUAAAACACCUUCUUGAGUUAUUAGAAAUACAAGUUUCCAUGAAUUGUACUCUUGUUACUCUAGUUUUGGGGACGAAACUCCUUUUAAGGGGGGUAGUCUGUAACACCCCGAGAUUUUCUGACGUCAUCAAUUAAUAUUUUAAUGACUUUAGGGUAUUUUAUAAUUAUAUUAAAUUAAUUUUGAAGUAGUUUUAAUAAAUUUCUUUCGUAUAUGAAUUUAAAUAUUAACAUAUAUUUAUAUUAAAAAAUAAGAUUACGACUUCUAAAUAAAGAGGUUUGAAUCAAAAUAAUUAUUUUAUCGAAAUGUGUGAAAACACAAAGGCGAGUCUCUUAGUUGAGCCUCGCAAGAAAAUGAAUUUAGAUUUAAUAAAUAAAUAAAACAUAAUAAUAAUAAUAAUAAUAAUAAUAAUAAUAAUAAUAAUAAUAAUAAUAAUAAUAAUAAUAAUGAAUAGGAGGCUGUAAAACCCUACAUGCCAAAAAUCAGCCGCCACUCUCCUCUCCUUCUUUCUCUUCUUUCUUUCUCUCCUCCCUUCCCCUUGCUGUGCCGCCAGCAGCCACGACCACCAGCACAGGCAACAGGGACAACAGCCGUGCGUCUCCUUCCCACCUUCCCGACCAGCAGCAGCAGGGGGCUGCGUCUCCUUCCCCAAACAGCCACGACCCAACCGGCUCUUCUCCCUUUUCUGCUGUGGAGGCUGCGCCACCAACAGCCACGGCCCAGCCGUCUUCUCCUUCACCACCAUCUAGUCUUCAUCCUUUUGUUAGUCCCAUCUUUGUGCCUAUUUCAUAAGAGGAAGCAGAGCCUUAGUUGGGUGAUUUUAUGAUUCUUGAUCGUGCAGUGACACUUACAGCAGGAGGAUCAUAGACAGGCGUAGCAGGUACUGGAGCUUCUUAUGCAUUGCAUUGCAUUUGGGGAAAGUGAUGAGGGCGAAGCAUAACUUGUGUCAUUACCCCUAUCUUUCGAUUUUGUAUCUCUUGUUAUCUUUUGUAAAUUUUGGUUGUAUAUGUUUUGUUAUGAGGCCUUGUGUCCUCCCACGUGUAUUUGUAUUUCCGCUGCGUAGUCUAUAACUAAAGUCUAAUCAGAAAGUGCCCACAUCACGGAUUACCGGAUUGGAUGGUUAUUGAGACAGUUUACAAUGCUUUGAGGCAUGAAAUCCAGACUUCUUUGGAUGCUGCUGCUGGGGGUAACUUCAUGAUGAAAACAUUGACCCAGGCGAAGAAAAUUCUUGAUGAUAUGGCCUCAAAUUACCACUGGCGAGAACAAUCAACUCCAAGGAGAGGUGGUAGGUAUGAAGUGGAUGCUAUUGUUGCUUUGACAAAUAAUGUACAGGCUUUGACAAGGAAGGUUGAACAAUUGGAUGUCGCUGCAAUAAAUAAAGUUUGUGGGGCUUGUGGGUUAAAAGGGCAUUCUAGUGUUGAUUGCCAACUUCAAGCCGAAGGGGUUGCUGCUGUGGAACAAGUCAACGCCAUUCAAAAUCAGAAUGCGAGACAACAAUACAACCCCUAUUCCAACACCUUCAAUCCAGGAUGGAGGGAUCAUCCAAACUUUUCCUACAGAAACAACAAUGCGCAGAAUCCCUCACCCUCGUACAACAUACCAUCGGGUUUCCAACAAAGACCUCCCUUCCCACCUCAACAACAACAUCCGCCGAAGUCUAACCUUGAGAGCUUGAUGGAGAACUUUAUUGCUACCCAAAGCAAGCAAAAUGAACACUUCAGCACCUCUAUUAAUCAGAUUUUGGCCCACAACAAAAUGAUCGAUACUCAGAUGGCUCAAAUGGCACAACAAUUGAGUAACCUAUCCAUGCAAAAGGGGAAACUUCCGGGAAACAAAGAAAAGAAGUAAAGAACCCAACAACAUCCCCACAUCAACAACUCAAUGCAGUAACUACGAGGAGUGGUAGGACACUUCAUGAUCCAACCCCAAAGGUAAAGACUUCACCCAUUUUUGUUCCAGCUCCAGGUACUAAUGAUGAUGUUUCUGAAGAAAAGAAAGAUGAGCCAGUCAAUUCAGACAAGCCCAUGACUGCCGGUCGAACGUACACACCACCAGUGCCAUUUCCUUCUAGAUUGGCACAGGCGAAGCUUGAGCAUAAAUAUGGAAAAUUUCUUAAAGUUUUGAGCAAGCUACAGAUCAACAUCCCCUUCUUAGAAGCCAUUAAGGAAAUGCCCUCUUAUGCUAAAUUCCUCAAAGACAUCAUUUCCAACAAACGCAAGCUAGAGGAGAGUGUGGUGGAAACUUUGAAUGGGCAAUGUAGCGCUAUUUUGCAUUGCAAGCUUCCUAAGAAACAAGCCGAUCCUGGUAGUUUUACUAUCCCACUGAAGUUGGGGAAAGAUGUGUCUGCUGUAGCCCUUGCUGAUUUAGGGGCUAGUGUGAGUGUGAUGUCGUUAACACUAUGCAAAAAGAUCAAUGGCGAGAUGAAAGCCACUCGGAUGUCUAUUCAAUUAGCCGAUCGAUCUGUGAGGUACCCAAUCGGUAUUCUUGAGGAUUUCCCCGUCCAAGUUGGUAAUUACUUCGUAUCCUGCGAUUUCGUCAUCAUGGAUAUGGAAGAGGAUGCCCGCAUUCCGGUGAUUUUGGGUCGUGAUUUUUUAAAGACUACUGCAGCCAAUUUUGAUGUGAAGAUUGGGAAGUUAUCACUUGAAAUUUUGGGAGAACAGCUGCACUUCCAUCUCCCCUCAUCCAUGGCACAUUCUGCCAUUGGGGAGACUGUUUAUCGAGUGGAUGCGAUAGUUGAUGCUACUACAGAGAGGGAGUCCACACCCUCCAUUGUUGAUCCACUUUAUGCAGCUAUUGAAGGCAACUACGAGAAGGAUAGGGCCGAUGUGAUUGAGAUGGUCCAAGUUUUAGAUGUUGCACCUACAUUUGUUCCUGCAAAAGCUAAGUUUGAGGACAUCCUACCCUGGAAGGUGUCCACCAUUGAGGAACAAAAGGAGUGUACUACGCCUCCUCAGGUAGAAUCAAAAUCCCUUCCUCCUUCUUUGAAAUAUGUCUUUCUAGAGGAUAAUGACACUUACCCUGUUAUUGUCAAUGUUGAACUCAAUGGCACUCAAAUUGAGCGAUUGCUCACAGUUUUGAAAAAGUAUAAAGAGUGUUAUUGGGUACACUAUUGAUGACAUCAAGGGUAUUAAUCCCUCAUUCUGCACUCA